AGUAGCACUAAGCGUAUACUCUACCAAGUCACAGAGCGUGUGUACCUCAUCACCACAAGUCGAUGAUCACGGCCGAGAAAAGUCAAUAGACGUAUAUCAAUACUACUACGAUCGUGGUAUCCGAAGAGACCACCAUGGCGAGCCAGUGCUAGACUCCGCCCAUGCAACUCUAGCAGAUCAAGUACCAACAUCGUCAUCGCAACUCCACCCUUCGUGCGCUUCUCAUCUUGACCUCGAUCUUGGUAAACGUCUCCCAUCGGUCACUACCCGGACCCUUUUCCCAACCAUGCCCAACUUGCAACGAACGCAAAGGCUCACUGUACCUUCAUCGGUAUCCAGUACGAUAGCGGCUCAAUCGCACAGGCGACUUGAUUCCCAGCCUGUCGUUCGAGACAAGCCUACAAAGAUUGCUCUCGAGAGUCUGCCUCAGAUCGGCAGGUCAGAUAUCGCUCCAGAUGUACCUCUUCAGGUCGAUGAGAUCGACAGCAUCGUAGCGAUUCUCGCCGACGAGUUUCCGUUACUGGACGAGCCGUUGAUCCGGGCCAUCAUCUCGGAUCAUUCUCCUGAACAGCUGUAUUCUAAGACGGAGGAAAUAAGGGAAGACCUCGCUUUGCUACAAGCGAGCGUGGUGCCAGAUCCCGAUGCUGGGAAAUACAAAGCUCAAGCCGAGGAUGAAGGACGAGCUGAACUCACCUCACCGUUGCCUGAUGAUGUGCCAGCUCCCCGACCGGCAAUCGAUUCGCAACAUACUCCUCAGGUUCCAGACAUGGUGUCAGCGAUGUCAUCAAAUUCGCCUGUUCAUGUCAACUCGAACCUAUCAGAAGAUCGCGACGUCAAUGAGCACGUGGAAGACCAGACAGAGACGGUCGCAGAAGAAGAAAGCCCAUCGGCAUACGAUAUCGAUGAGCUUUCUGAUUCGGACACAGAAGAUCGGCUGGAAGCAGACUCAGUGUCCACGCACACCUUUGCAGACGAGUCAUACGGGCCAGUCGACUUCCUGUACGAGAUAUUUGAGCAUCUGCCCACGCUUGAAGUUCAGCGAGCCAUAGAUAAUCACAGCAUCGCUGAAGGCGGAGAUAUGUCGUCAGCGAUAGAAGACUUAUUGUCGUUAGAGACGAUACAACAAUUGGACAGGGGGAACCAGCAACAAAAGCUGGACUCGAAAGUUCCCGAUCAUUCUUAUCAACAGGAGGAAGGGGACGAUUGGCGAAACUUUUUCAUCAAGCCAGACGCACCUUCUGCUGUCAAAGCUCCUCCCGUUGGCCAAUUUGACUCGGUCCACGAGAGGCUGGAGCUAUCGAUCGAAGCUGUUGAGGUGACGUCUCAUGACGAUGGGCCGCGUCCCAACGAUCGACCCGCCUUGCCCCUCAACACGCAAAUGUAUUCCAGAAUCAGCCAGCCCUCAGGGUCCACUCCUGCGGUCUCGGAUACCGAAAGUCUGGAUGACGUUCCUGGCACGCCCAAAGUUCGCAAAGUCAAACCUAUCACCAAUACUGGACGUUACGCGUCUUUGGCAUCACUACCCCGCGAAUCCUACAAUGGUUUCAGCAGUGGAGAUGAAAGUGCCGGCUCGACAAGAAGCCGUCGCAGCGUUGGCAAGCCGUCCAAGGCUAUCCCUUUGCGCGACUUCGAGCAAAGAUUGCAGGGCCAGGGUUCUUCUUUACCUCCCCGUCGACGACAAGGUGAUAGCUCGUGGGGAACGCUCGAGUCGCUAGCAACGUAUCUGGCUGAACUGGUCGUCCAGCCUUCCGCCGACAUAUCCUUCUUUCUGACGUAUUUCCACUCUCCCAACCACACAAGUGGUUACGCGGCUGUUAGAGAGGCGCUCGUUAAGGCAGGUACUCCAUUGACCGGUCUUAGAGCAGAGCUUUCAAUGGUGCGGGAGAUCCGGGCAGGUAUCGAACAAAGUAUACACACGCAAACUUCAGACGAGGAUAUUGGCGUCUGUGUGGGUGCAGCGGGCGAUGUAUCUCGCGCUUUGGACUUGCUUGCCCUUCUGGAAGAGAUCAAAUCAUGGGGAGGUGGAUCAUUGGAGUCCCUUGGAUGGCUGGGGGUCGCGCGUGACACUCCUGCAACGUCCCGCCCGAAAGUGGCAGAGAAAGCCCGACGCCUGGAGAACUCUGUCGACGUGCAGACAUCCUCCUCUCGACGCUUGUUCCCGCCUGACCCAAAAAUGCCCAAGCGCAAGAAGAAAGACGAGCAUCCUCAGAACUGGCGGGUAGUCCGAAAGGAAAAGGAAAAGAAACCCCGAUCAUCACACCGUUUGGCAGAAUUCAUACCUGGAUACGCAAAGAGCUCGUUCGGGCCGGAUGCGGUACUGUUUGACAUGGAUGAAUGCCGGCGUCGAGCCUCGGAAGAGCGGCUCAAACGCGAAGCGGCCGUCAGGCAAGCGGGUAGACACUUCAGAAGCGGUGGAAAUGGCGGUAGUCGUGGUAAACAAGUCGCUGCAUUCUAUGCCGGAGAAGCGCGGCGUUAUGAAGCCGCUGCUCGUUCCUGGGAGUUGCGUGCAGCCGAAGAGUUGGUCAAUCAUCAGAGCAAAUCUGAUGGCGCAUUUUCCAUCGAUCUACAUGGCCUGACGCUGGACGAAGCGAAAUCGGUUGCGAAAGAUCGCACUCAAGCCUGGCACGCAUCUCAAAAUUUCGUUCCCGUUCCGUCCAAGCCGUUCCAAAUAAUCACGGGUCAGGGGAAACAUUCCGUCAACCGUGUAGGAAUCCUGGGACCUGGCGUGGCCAACGAAUUGGAGCGGGUCGGUUGGCACGUCGACCGUGGAUAUAGUGGCAGGGGCUACAUUGUAGUUCGAGGGGUUCGAGGAUAGACCCACCGUAUAAUACGUGACCGCAUAAUCUCAUGACAGGA